AUGUUUAUCAGCAAACAGCUUCUGCAGCAGCUCCUCUGUCUGACGUCAGUGGGGGAUGAAGUCCAGGUCACCAGGCAGGCUGCCUUCCUCUCCAGGGUCUUGGGCAGGACAGUGGAUCUCAGCCACAUCCAGAUUGACCCCCAAACUUGCAUGUCACUGGCCGCGGUGCUGGAGCAGGCCGAGGGGCUGUCGGAGCUGGAUCUCAGUCACUGUCAGCUGGACGACCACAGCGUGGAUCUGCUGCUCCCACAUCUGCACAAAGCGAGAGUCCUGGAUCUGAGCAACAAUGAGAUCUCUGACCUCGGAGCUCUGAGAAUCCACAGCAUCGUGUCCGCAAGCAGCUAUAUCCAAACAGUGAGGCUGUUUAACAACAGAAUCACGGACACGAUGACCUUCCUGACAGACCCACGCUAUCAUUUAUGGGACCAGUCAAAGGACCAAAACUCAGUGGAGUUCAAACCAGAUUUAAAUCUGCACAACGGUGAACUUUCCUACAGCUUCAGCUGUGAAUCGGGAGGCCGCUUUCAGUGCAGUGAGACGGGGCUGGUGUUUCUGAUGAAGGCAGCAGGCAAGGUGGAGUACAGCCCAGCUUACUGGGAUGAGGCUGCUUUGAGAACUGCUGGUUAUGAACCUGCGGGGCCCCUGUUCAACAUCGAGAAUCCUGACAGAGGGUUGUGUGCACUGCAGCUUCCACACUGCGAGGCGGAUGUGGAAGGAAGAGAGCACCUGUCUGUGGCCCAUUUCUGUGGUGGAAAUAUGCAGGUGCUGAAGCCCUUGGGAGUAACAGACGCUCAUGUGACGAUCCAUGUCCAGAAUCUCUCGCUUUUUGGUCUUCUUAGGAAUAUACUUUCAUUAAUUAUGUCUAGCGUUCGGGGGCAGGUGUUACUUUUCCAGCCCCCUGGACGCCCUCCUCAGAAACAGAUAUACGUGUUCCUGUUACCCUCCAAUGUGCCAGUUUCCCAGGUGAAACAUCAGCACCUUCAAUGCAGAUACGUAACCACUACUGCAGACUGCACGUUUAUUGUAAACCAAAAAUACAGUGUUACCGAUUACCUCAAAGGAGUUCAUGAAAUCCAACCUGCGUCAUGGGAAUUUUUCCGUAACUAUGGUCCAAACUUCCACCCGGCCUUUGAGGUUUUCUUCGGCCAUGACAUCACAGAAAUGAGAUUGGCCGUUUUGGACGACAGACAGCAUGAAGUGUGGGUUUGCAGAAUACCUUUGACAGCAGAAGCAGCUCAACAUUCGAACCAGGCAGGAGAUUCUGCAGUCUGCGGUGCUGUAGGAGGGGAAGUGAAUCCUGGGGAGGCGGGAGAGAUGGGCGGGGCUUCAGGUUACAUGAAAGAUGGGAAACAUUUUGUUGACAGGCACUGGGGAGAUCUGAUCAACAGGGUCGGCUUGGUGGCUCCAGUUUUAGAUUAUCUUUUUGAGAGUGGAUUCAUGGAGCUUGAAAUGUACUCCAGCAUUUUAAAUGAGAGAAACUCCUGUGACCAAAUGAGGAGCCUGAUGCUCAAAGUCAUCAUGCCUGGUGGCAAACGAGCCAAAGACGAGCUCUGCAAGAUAUUAGAGACUCAACAGAAAUGUCUGAUGGAGGAUCUGAAAGGACAGUGAGACAGGUGUAUGCAUGUGAGGGACAAUCCCAGAGGCUCCAGAUGUGAAAACGUAGAUGGUGAACAUUUCUGUUCUUCUCCAGCAUGAAAAACUUACAUUCGAAAUUGAACCUGAGGUUGAUGCAUUUUGAGAAACUCUCUAUGGGCUUUAUUAAAUCUGGAGUAACUUUACUUUGUGAAUAAGUUUUUACCAUAUUUAGUCAAUGAAAAAGUAUGUGCACAUAUAUAUGAGCUGAUGUUUACAGUAUGUCUGUGCGUAUAUGUCUGAGCUGAUGAUUACAGUAUGUCUGUGCGUAUAUGUAUGUGCUGAUGAUUACAGUAUGUCUGUGCCUAUAUGAGCUGAUGAUUACAGUAUGUCUGUGCAUAUAUGAGCUGAUGAUUACAGUAUGUCUGUGCAUAUAUGUAUCAGCUGAUGAUUACA